AUGGCACAACUUGGCCGUGGUGGUAGUGCCAUGGACCUCGCCGCGGGUGGUGGUUGUGGUGGCCACCACGAUGGUUGCCAUGGUGGAGCCCUGCAAGCAGUGUUUGUGAAUGGAAAAUUCUGCAAGGACCCAAAGCUUGUCACAGCAAACGACUUUUUCUUUCCUGGGCUCCAAAUCCCGAAAAGCACGGCGAAUCCAGUUGGUUCGACAGUGACAGCGGUGAAUGUGGAGAACCUAGCAGGACUGAACACUCUCGGCAUAUCCCUGGCUCGCAUAGACUUUGCACCAAAUGGCCUAAACCCCCCUUACACUCACCCUCGUGGCUCCGAAAUUCUCAUAGUCUUGGAAGGUACACUCUAUGUUGGCUUCGUCACGUCAAACGCCGAUAAUAAUCGGCUAAUCAGCAAGGUGUUGAAUAAGGGAGAUGUGUUUGUGUUCCCGAUUGGUCUCAUUCACUUCCAACUCAAUGCCGGAAACGGAAAUGCAGAAGCCAUUGCUGGGCUUAGCAGCCAGAACCCAGGAGUCAUCACCAUAGCAAAUGCUGUGUUUGGCUCCAAGCCUCCCAUCAAUCCUGAUGUUCUAGCCAAGGCCUUCCAAGUGGAUAAUGAGCUGGUUGAUUAUCUUCAGAAACAGUUUUGUUACGAGAACAAUUGAUAACGAAGAGGUAUAUGUGAAAAUUAAGGAGAAAAGGCCAAUUAGGACGGUCCAUAUGUGCCUGGUCGGAUGUACUAAUUAAGUUGGCCAAUAUGGUUUUCAUCAGUACGCACAAACUAUGAAAUAUAAAUUGAAUAAGAUGC